AUGGACCAAUAUGACUAUGACCUGGAUCCCUUCUCCAGUGAAAGUCUUUGGAGACUGUCAAAGUUCAGCAUAGAAGCUCUACAGCCAUUGGAGUCUCUACCAUGGAAUGCUUCACUGUCUGAGGAUCCUUCAUCUUGCUUCAAAAUACCAACCCAAUUUACAGACAAGGUAGAUCCUGUAUGGAAGCUGGAUCUCUUUCCCAGUGGCUUGGGGCCCCCCGAUUCUACUGCCGGGUCUAGCAUCGACCUAUCCAUAGAUGGCUCAUCUGAUACGUCUGGCGAUCCAUUGAAGGAACCAUCAAGCGAAGAGGACGAUAUUUGGUCACCAGAAUUGCUCCAAGAAGAUACUGCUCAACACCUACCCCAAAAGUCAUGGGAGAGGUACCACGACCGACCAUUUCAAGAACCAAUAUCAGCCUACGUGAGCGAAUCUGGCGCUCAAGGAUUUGACGCCGUAUUGGCACACCAAAAAUCCACAAGAGGACAAUCUGCACCACGGGUAGUGCGAACAGAUGUGUUCUUGCGAUCACUGCUUCGCCUGGGACUUGGAUGGAGCUCUGCCUUUUUCCGUUGGGAUGGAUCCAACAGUCGUUUCAAUAGAGAGAUCAAUGACUUCUCCGUCUCCGGCAUCAGCUCAUUAGCCUUGGAAAAUGUCAUUGAAUACGUUCUCAGCAUUGGUACUAAUGUGCAGCGCAUGCGAACAUUUGCACAGGAUCCACCCGCCAAGUGCAAGGACUUGCCCGCUCUUUACACUUUGAGCGGAACGACUGCGGCUAUAAUAUUCACACUCGAGCAACAAAUCUCUGAGAAUUCCAAAAGUAUUGUGUCGCUCCUCCAAAUUAAGGCCCUAUUCCACCGAUGUGGUGACAUGGUGGGCGCCCUUGCUGCUAUUGUUAGUGCGGCCCAAAAAGGCAUUUCCGAUGCGCAAGUCAUCUCUACCAUCAUGGAACGCGCUGCAUUCUUCACUCAAAAAUUCGAUUGGAUGGAGAACCUUGUGCAUGAGAUUGUCAUUCGAGUAACCCGACCUUGGUUUCAGUUUGUCGAGAACUGGGUCGGACUUCGAUCAGAAGAGACGGCGCUCGACCAAGUACUAGCAGGUGGUAGAUCCUUUGUUCGGAUAGAGAUUGGGGAGCCUGGCAAAUUCAAGACUGGACCUGCACGGGUUGACCACAUAUACCAGGCAGAACACAUGCCAUCUUUCAUCCCAGCCGACCAAGCCCGCUCUAUAUUCGAAAGUGGAUGCAGUCUUCAAUUGCUCAAACAAUCUCAUCCUGAUCAUCCUAUUGCGAGACGCGAUGUACUCUCUCGGAUGGGUGGUAUUCAGCUGCAUUGUGCUACUACUUGGGCCGACAUUGAGAAAAUACAAACAAAAGCCCAAGAGUAUGAAGCGAGUCUUCGCGCCGAGAUUGAAAGAUAUCAUCGCGGUCAUUCUACUGAAACUCAUCCCACGAGUGAGGACACUUGUCCUGACAGAGUUGACAUCGGGAAAACCUUUGAGCUUUUUGAUAUCGACGGAGAAAAUACUGCCAAGGGACCGAUUAAUAACCAAAUGACUCUUUCAAAGGAUGCCUUUCACCAACUGAUUAGAAGAGCACGCAAAAUCGAACCUGACCGCAAUGAUCAAACAGAUCCGCUCGGUCCUGAAUUGACAUCCGGUCUCCACUUGUCCAUUGCGCCAAUCCUUGCAUCUCAAGCCCUACUCAUUGAUUACUCCUGCCUCCAUCAUCUCUUUAAGGAACACAAAGUUCGUCACCACCUGAGUAUGCAGUGGCGGUUUCAGCUGCUUGGAGAGGGGUCAUUUGUAUCCCGUCUUUCCAACUCCCUCUUCGACCCAGAUAUGGAGAGUGGAGAGAGGAGAGCGGGAAAGAUUCGCAGUGGCGUGGACACUGGUUUGCGACUCGGGAGCCGCGAUACCUGGCCCCCUGCUAGCUCAGAAUUGCGUUUGGUCUUGAUCGGCCUGCUGGGCGAUUGCUAUUUCGGAAGAGGCGAUACCGAUGAUUCCGAAAAAGCUCCAAUACUAAAAGAUAAUGAGCUACCUGGUGGCCUCAACUUCGGCAUUCGAGAAUUGUCAGAUGAAGAAAUUGACCGGUGCAGAAACCCCAAUGCAAUAGAAGCAUUGGACUUCCUUCGUUUGCAGUACACGCCACCCAGAGUUCUCGAGUCCAUAAUCACCGCUCGUUCUUUAAGCAAGUACGACCAGUUAUUCAAACACUUACUCCGGCUACUGCGAAUGGUUUCUGCGGUCAAAGGUCUCGUCCGCGAUUCAACUUCUCGAGGAUCUCUGUCAGGAGACACGCGAAAUGUGUUUCAAAAGUUCAGAGUGGAUGCGCAACACUUUGUAUUGGCAUUCAGUGACUAUUGUUUCCAUAUUGGAAUUGGAUCAAUCUGGCAACGUUUUCAGGAAACACUGGCCAAGAUCGAACGCUGCAUCAACCGUGGUGACAUUGACGGUACGAUUGAAGCGGCCCACUCGGUACCUCGACUCCGCGACUACCACGAAGAUAUCCUCGAUCAAAUGCUGUUUGCGUUUUUCCUCAGCAAGCGCCAUGCACAGGCUGCUAAAUUGCUUGAGUCCAUCUUCGGUACCAUCCUCGCCUUUGGGCCUUUGUCAAGUGCAGAUGGCAAAGGAUAUCGCUGUGAGAGCGAAGGAGCGGUUCUCCAUCUGUAUCAGAAUUUCAGAAAGCAAACCUCUGCUUUUGUCGGCUAUCUACGCGGCAUGCAAUCUGGAAAGGCGACGUCGAAAUCGAUGGCCAAGUCCGGGACAUUCUUCUCUUCGAGGGUGGAUCCCACAAGUGUCUUUGAGCAUUUGCGGGUGAGGUUAGAUAUGAAAGAGUACUAUUGA